AGUGCAGUCGUCACAGUUGUUAGAACUAAACAAGUAUGCUGGGCUCUUUCAUUCUGCUGUGGAUUGGCGUUUGCCUGCUGUUCGUCAUAUUUAAGAAUAAAAGACCUGAGAAUUUUCCACCUGGUCCAAAACCCAUUCCAAUAUUUGGGAAUCCGCUUCAACUGAAUUUGGGGAAUCCUAUGAAAGAUUUGGAGAAGUUGUCUAAGUGCUAUGGGAAGGUCUUCAGUCUUUACAUUGGUGGAAGACCUGCUGUGAUUGUCAAUGGGUUUGAAGCUAUGAAGGAGGCCCUGGUGACCAAGGCUGUUGACUUUGCUGGAAGACCCCAGGACCUUAUGGUCAACCAUGCCUUGCAAGGAAAAAGUUUCAUUCUUUCAGACUAUGGCUCAGAGUGGAGGGAGCAGCGUCGCUUUGCUCUAAUGACCCUGAGAAACUUUGGUCUGGGAAAGCAGUGCAUGGAGGAAAGGAUUCUAGAGGAGAUUUCACAUGUCACUGCAUCCUUGGAGAAAAGUGCUGGGAAAACCAUGGACCCUCAGACAAUGUUCCAUAAGUCUGCAUUCAAUAUAGUUUUCCUUGUACUUUUCGGGUCCCGCUAUGACUACGAGGACAAGAUACUGGAGUACAUAAUUCAUCUAUUUACUGAGAAUGCAAAGAUUGCCAAUGGACCCUGGGCUAUGCUUUACGACAUGCUCCCCAUAAUGAAACACCUUCCCUUGCCAUUCCAGAAGGCCUUUGAAAAUUCUGAGUCUUUUAAAAAGAUUCUGAUUAAUUUGGUUAAUGAGCACAAAAAUACCCGGGACCCUGGGAAACCAAGAGACUUUACUGACAGCUACCUGGAUGAAAUAGACAAAAGAGGUAAUGAUGGAUCUUCUUUCAAUGAGGACCAGCUCAUCUUUUACAUCAUGGACCUACAGUUCGCCGGAACAGACACCACCUCCAACACUCUGCUCACUGCUUUCCUCUACCUCAUGACCAACCCAAAGAUUCAGGAGAGGUGUCAGCAGGAGAUUGACAUGGUACUGGAUGGAAAAGAACACGCCUCUUUUGAGGACAGACACAGGAUGCCCUACACUCAAGCAGUGAUCCAUGAGGUUCAGCGCAUAGCCAGUAUUGUCCCACUCAGUGUGUUUCAUAGAACCACCAGAGACACUGAGCUGAUGGGCUACAGUAUCCCAAAGGGCACUCUCAUCAUUCCAAACCUCACCUCUGUGUUGCAUGAGGAGGGUCAGUGGAAGUUUCCUCAUGACUUCAACCCCUUGAACUUCCUAAACCAACAGGGAGAGUUUGAGAAGCCUGAGGCCUUCAUGCCAUUCUCUGCAGGGCCCAGAAUGUGUCUUGGAGAAGGACUUGCUCGCAUGGAGCUCUUCCUGGUCAUUGUUACUCUCUUGCGACGCUUCAGAUUUGUCUGGCCCGAGGGUGCAGGGGAACCUGACUAUACCCCUGUGUUUGGCAUAACCAUGUCCCCCAAACCCUUCAAAAUGGGGGUUACACUGAGGUCUAACUAGUUAGAGGGAAGAAUAAACAUUCUAGAUUAAGCAUUGAUGAAAUGUAAGCUGUCAUUUCAUCUUUGAAUGUGUUCAAUAGCUCAGUUUAAAAUGCUUCACACUUAUACAAGUAUGUAAAUAUGUGGAACAUUACUUGUUUCAAGCAUGACGUAGGCAUUUAUUACUUGUUUUACUACUGGUUUUAGUACUGAUAUUUGACUAGUUAAAUUAAAAGUAUGUUAUGUGAAAUAGUGUACUGCACAUUUCAGUGCAUUCGUUUUUAAAAAGACAAGUUGUUGUAGCUGACAUAAAUACAUUUAGCCAG